AUGUUGUAUCUCUUCUACAGAUCACCUGAUAAAGGAGAUCCACCUGCAUUAGUUGUCUGGGUCACCUGUGUAGUCACCUAUGGAACCUACCAACAACACAACAGAGAUGUUAACUUAGAAAAGGCUGCUUUUAUUGUACAGGCCAGGGAGACAGCUACAGUCUUGCACACACUCAGACAUCCCUGGUAUGAUCCGGUGGUCAUCGACUUGCAAAUUGACUGUGGAUACAGAUGUGCUGAUGUGAUGUCCCGUUACCAGCUGGUGUUCGUGGAACUCCCCCCGAUUCUCGAGGUGUCGCGAGAAGACGACGCACUCGACAGCGAGGGGCAGGAGGAGUUCAGCUCCUCAAGUGGAUGUGAGUACAGCUUUGCCGAUUUCAAGGACAUCCUGUCUCCUGUCAAGGUCACAGACAGUCCACCUGUGAUACAGACUCACCCCUCAAGUACAGCCAGGAAUGGCUCGCACCAGAGAACUGUUGAAGAUGUAUGUGCAGCUAUGCCACCUAGAGGAUCCAAUGAUACUGCAGGACAGUUGGCAGCCAAGAGCAGGAGGAGUAACAAGAGGUCAAGAAGUCGUAUGGACUCCAUGGAUAAGGACAAGGACGUUGAACCAGAGGAGUUAAACCCAGAAACCUCUCGGGGGAAACAACACAAGCAGGACAGGAGGCCCUCCAAGCCUCCCAGCACCACAGAAGUCACCAUAGAAAUCAAACCAGAGAAACCCAAGGCAGAGAGGAAACUCUCUCGCUCGCGGACUCUCCCCUCCACCCCGCAGAAAAGACGCUCGUCGAGCGCGGACGACUUGCUGAGACUCCAGACGAACGCGGGAGACGACAGCCUGCAGAGACUGGGGAAGGGCCCCCUGGGGAAGUCUGCGCAGGACUGCAGCAGGCUGGGUGCGGAGGAGCCCCCCAGUGGCCAGACCACCCUGUGUAUACCUCAGAUUCAUGUGGAAAGUACAGAGACUACAGAGAGGAGGAGGAGGCUACUGCCUCAGCCUCCAGUGGAUGGGAGCACCAUCCCUACUAGAGAUGCUGCAUGGAGACUAGAAGAUGACGACAAUGUCAACUACCUUUGUGCAAUAGACGACAUCAGGAUCCAGACUGCCGACACUGUCAUUCAGGAACUGGUGAGGCAUUUCUCCUUUUUCUCUUCUUUAUAG